AUUAAGAUGGAAAACUUAUAACUUUCGCCAAGAAUGUUUCAUACUUUUGCUGUAGGAACCUUGUUAUUUAUUAGAAACACAGUUAAAGAGUCUAAUUCUGGAAACAGAGGUUUCAGGAAGUAUCUAUUAAAAUUAUAAGCCUGUCAAGUAACGUCAGUAGGCUCUGAUUAGAAGACAACAGCUAAUCACUUAUGAAGAGGAUGUCUGGUAACAGAUUAACUAAGAAAAAUAAUGCAGUAUCAGUCCCCUGCUGGUACCACGCAGUCAGGAGACUAAAGUUCAUUUCAAAGAAUACACUGUACCAGUUCCAAGGAAGUCUGUGAAGAAUAGGUUUCCAAGACGGCAAAAGCUAUGACAGACACCAACAAGAUGACCAUCAAUUUGGCUGUCUUUGGCAGGACUCAGAGUGGAAAAAGUUCUGCGGGGAAUACUCUUUUGGGAAGUGCUGACUUCUACAGCAGUUUCUCUCCAGGCUCUGUAACUGAAGACUGCCACCUGGGCCGCAGCUGUCACCUCCACAGCUUCAUGCGUCGAGGGGGACAAGAAGUAACCCUGCAGAUACAGGUCCUGGACACUCCAGGGUAUCCACACAGCAAGCUGAGCAUGAGACAUGUGAAGCAGGAAGUCAAGAAGGCCCUGGCACAUCACUUUGGACAAGAGGGUCUCCAUCUUGCUCUGCUCGUCCAGAGAGCAGAUGUGCCUUUCUUCGGACAGGAAGCACCUAACCCAGCCCAGUUGAUCCAGGAACUUCUGGGAGAUUCUUGGAAGAAUUACACUGCUGUUCUUUUUACCCAUGCAGAAAAAAUAGAAGAGGCAGGGAUCAGUGAAGAUGAAUAUUUGCACGAGGCUUCUGAUACACUGUUAACUCUGCUAAAUUCUGUUCGGCAGAGGUAUGCUUUCUUGUAUGAAAAAGGUAACUUGUGCAAUGAACAAAGAUUUCAAGUCUUAGAAAGAAUCAUGGAAUUUAUAAAAGAAAAUCAUUAUCAAGUUCUUAGUUUUACAUAAAAUUUAAGUGAAAAGAAAAGAGCACUGGGUAUCACUUAGGGUAUGGAAAUCUGAUUUUAAAAUCUUGCCUUUGUUCACAUGAAUAUUGGAAAUGAGAAUUCCCUGUACUGCUGUAUAGCCAUUUUGGAAAAUUAUAAAUAAAGACUAAUAUCAAGGAU